UCACCUCGGGCUCCCAUUUGAUUGGAAGGCGGCAAAGGCUUUAAUCUCGCACUAAUUCAGCCGCUUUUGAAGUGAAAAUUUCUCCCAGUUCCCGGCUUGGGAGGAGCAGCGCGCGGACGUGCGGCAGAGCAGCGAGAGAGCGCGCGCGACGCGUGUGGUGGGAGAGAGACGCAGCAGCUCCGGGAUCGGCGGAGAGCUCGCGCCUUUCCUCCUGCCAGAGGAUUAACGCACACUGACUUUCGCUUUCCGAGCGUCUUGUUUUUUAAAUCGUUUGUUUGUUUGAUUUUUGGUUUCAUUUCUUUUCUGAGAAGCAGAGCGAAGCCCACCGCUUUCAUGAGUCCGAGGAGUGAGCGCGCGACUAGCGGGUCAUGAUCACAUCGCCCUCCGCUAUUGCUCUCCGAAACGGCGACUCGGCUCUAGCGUGGGACAGCAGCGGCUGUCGGAAUACCAGCACCAAGCCUUUCUUCCACUCCGUCCCCCCGUCGGACCCUUUACGGCAAGCGCAGCGACUCCCUAUCAAAGUGCUCAAAAUGCUCACAGCGCGCACGGGACACAUUUUGCACCCGGAGUACUUGCAGCCUUUACCGUCUACUCCGGUCAGCCCGAUCGAGCUAGAUGCCAAGAAAAGUCCACUGGCGCUGCUGGCGCAGACAUGCUCCCAAAUCGGAAAGCCGGACCCCCCGCCCUCCUCCAAGCUCUCCUCGUCGUCGUCCGGCGGAUCUGGCGAGAAGGAGGCGAAGUCCGGCCCGCUAAAGCUGAGCGACAUCGGCGCGGAGGACAAGUCGAGCUUCAAGCCGUACUCCAAGCCGACGGACAAGAAGGAGUCUGCGGCAGGCGCGGCGGGCGCGGACAAGUCUGGUUUCCGCGUGCCGAGCGCCACCUGCCAGCCAUUCACGCCCGGAACGGGCAGCCCCAACUCCAGCACGUCGGCCUCGCCGAUGCCCUCGGACGGAAAGGGCGAGCGGGAUGAGAAGAAGGAGGGCGGCGACUGCACCAAGUCGUGCGCCACGGACGGCUCGGGGGCCACGGGCGUCAGCCACAGCCGGAUAAGCGUGAGCUGCGCGGGGAUUAACGUGGAGGUGAGCCAGCAGCAGGAGAGCAAGGCCGCCGCCGCCGCAGCUUCAGCCGCGUCCGAGCCGUCAUCUGUCCCGUCCGCCACCUCCGCCUCCUCCGUGCUGAGCUCCGGACUCGUGGCGCCCGUGUCCCCGUACAAGCCGGGCCAGGCCGUGUUCCCGCUGCCGCCCGCGGGCAUGUCGUACCCGGGGGGCCUGGCAGGCGCCUACGGCGGCUAUCCUCAGCCCUUCCUGCCGCACGGCGGAGGCCUCGUGAACGCGCAGCUCGCCACGUCACUGGGCUGCAGCAAGGCCGGCUCGAGCCCACUGGCCGGCGCCUCGCCGCCGUCCAUCAUGUCGGCGAGCCUGUGCAGAGACCCGUACUGCCUGAGCUACCACUGCGCGAGCCACCUGGCGGGCGCGGCGGCAGCGGCGGGCGCCUCCUGCGCGCACGACUCCGCCCUCAAGUCCGGAUACCCGCUCGUGUACCCUGCGCACCCGCUGCACUCCGUGCACUCGACGCCGCCGUCGUUCGGCGGCCACGCCGCGCUAUACCCGUAUGGCUUCGUGCUGCCCAACGACCCGCUGCCGCACGCCUGCAACUGGGUGUCGGCGAACGGGCCGUGCGACAAGCGCUUCUCCUCGUCCGAGGAGCUCCUGAGCCAUCUGCGGACGCACACGGCGUUCACCGGGGCCGAUAAGCUCAUGUCCGGCUACCCGAGCUCGUCGUCUCUCGCCAGCGCCGCCGCCGCCGCGGCCAUGGCCUGCCACAUGCACAUGCCGGCCUCAGGGGCUCCGGGCAGUCCCGGGACGCUCGCGCUCAGGAGCCCGCACCACGCGCUGGGACUGAGCAGCCGCUACCACCCGUACUCUAAAAGCCCACUGCCCACAGCCGGAGCCCCAGUGCCCGUGCCGGCCGCCACCGGGCCCUACUACUCCCCCUAUGCACUCUACGGCCAGAGACUGACCACAGCAUCAGCGCUUGGAUACCAGUGAAACGGACUCUUUUUAUCCCCCACCACCCCCUGCCCCCCAAAAAUUUAUAGAUUAUAAAGAUUGAAAUAUAAAGACUUUUAUAGCAGCGCGCCACUGAAGGACUGGAUCCGUGGACUUCCUCCCCUCUCCCGUAUUUAUUUCUGUCGGCUCAAAGCGGACAAUAACGCAGAGGAAAAAUAUCAGAGCAACUCAAAAGUGCAUUAAAGUCAGUAGGCGAAAGUGAGAGAGCCGCGUUAGAGUACUAAUAAACAAAUAGGGGCUCUACGGUUUUCCACGUUGAUUUGAAAUUGCUAUGAUUGUAUUGUACGUUCUUAUUUAAUGUCACAUUGAAAAGGAAAUAAUUUACAUGCAUGUUUGUUUUUUGUUUUGUUUUUUUUUUCUUUUCUUUUUUUUUUAAAUCCCAAAAUUGUCCGCAUAAUUUUAAAUGGCCGUUAUUUUUCAGGUGUAUACCAUGGAGAGAGAAUUGGUAUUUUUUUGUAUGUAUUCUGGGAAAAUAAGAAACAAUUCUGUUGCAUAUUUGCGUCCUCAGUUUCCUUUGACUAAAUGUGAGCAGUGGAGAGCCUCUUUGGGCUGCUUUAAAAAUGUGCGAGCAUUUUUUUUAAAUGAAGGUUUGGGAAGAAAAUCUUGCCAAUAAUCCCAUAAAAUGCACUGUUAGAAUAUACAAUUGAGCUAAAUAUUUAAUUAAUAUUUAAUAUGAAAUGCGCAGAUGUUCUGUAUGACUAAUGGGUGGAACAGCAUUUUUUUCCUUACAAACUUUAUUGAUGAGUCUAAAUUUAUUUUUAAAAGCUAAUAUUGUAAACUACUCAAAAAAGUCAGCUGGUUUACACAUUUAUUCUUAAAAAUGAAUUAUUUCAGCUUUUUAACAUUUAUUUUGUAAUAUAAAGCCCGUCAUUUUGAAAGAGAGCUUUGAGUCGCCAGUUCAUCUUUACUUUCCACUCAAAUAAGGCCUGUUUGGGUUAAAGCUCACACUGCGCGUGCUGUUUAGGGACAAAAUAAUUUCUACAAAUGAAUAAAUAAUUGUUUAUGAAGGUUUAAUGAAAUAACACCGGAUACCUGUAUGUGUGUGAGUGUACAGGUGAUGUGCUGCUGUAGCUGCGCUCUGCAGGCUCAUUUACUAUCGAUUAAAAAUGACAACAACUGCUGCCACAGUGACCACUAACAGACACAGAGCUCGAGCUACUUCCUCACUUCUGUGAAUCACUCUAUUAUAUUUUAUUAUGAUUGUAUUUGUUUCGUUUGGAGCUAAUGAGUGGGCAGUGGAGCGGAUUAGCCGCAGUAUUAUAGCUGUGAGUAUUUGCUAGCGGGCAGUCUGCUGUCCAUUGAGGAGGUUACAUUGUACAGCUAAUAUGUCAAGACUUUUAAAAGUUUUCUGUUUAGCUUUA